UGAACUUUUAUGGAGCUGGUCACGCCUUCUUAUCGAUAGACCUUUUCAACUCUGCAAGACACCAGAAUCCAGCCCUGAAAAAUACCGUACUCCAGUUCUUCAAACGGGAAAAAUGAUGGCAAAAUUAAUCUGAAACACACAACAUAAGAAAAUGUAAAUAAAGCACAAUUAUAAAUUAACUCCGUUAUCAUGGCUGUUUAUCGACCCCGCGGCACCCUGGCCAGGGUAAUCCACGCGAAAUUCCACAACGACAACUCUCUGGAGGACAUAGACACCCGAAAGUGGUACUGCCUAAACCAGGAGCUGCCGCCAAGAUUCCAGGCCAAGUUCGUGCCGCUCGAGCCGGAUGCCACCACGGUGAGCUGGCUAGAGCGCACCAAGGCGCUUUCGGCGAACAUCUGGACCCACUUGUGGCACGCACUGGCGCGGUCAAUCCUGCAGUUCUUCAUGACCCAGACGGAUAUCAACGGGUUCCUGAAGCGCGGUUCCAUGUUCAUACUGUCCGAGGAGCAGUUUCGCAAGCUGCUGGUAGCAGGCGGCUUUCAGCCUGCCAGCGGCCAAGAACCUGUCACGUUACUGGACAUUGGAGCCGGGGACGGUGAGAUUUCGCUGCGAGUGGCCAACACCGUUUCCGAGCUGAGCGGAAGUGCAGGGCUGCGGGUCUUCGCCACUGAAGCCAGUUGGACCAUGCGCGACCGGCUGAAGAAGCUGAACUUCAACGUAAUCACCGAGAUAGACGGUCUGCAGAACCUGGAGUUGAUUCUGUGCCUCAACGUACUGGACCGGUGUUUCGAUUCCUUCAAGCUGCUCGAGGACAUUCACCUGGCACUCGCUCCCAAUGGUCGAGCCGUUGUGGCCUUAGUACUUCCCUACAUGCACUAUGUGGAGACGAACACCUCGCAUCUGCCCCUGCGCCCGCUUCUGGAGAACAACGGGCGGCAGGCGUCGUUCGAGGAGGAGGCAGCCAGGUUUAUGGAGCUGCUGGAGAGCUGCGGCUUCCGCGUGGAGUCGUGGACCAAGGCACCGUACUUGUGCGAGGGAGAUCUCCACCAGUCGUUCUAUUGGUUAAUCGAUUUAAUUGUUGUCAUUUCCAAGAAGACAUUCUAGAUCAAAGCUUCCAGAUCUUGAAACCAAUCUUUCUGCAGUAAUUAUAUCCGUUUUCCUCGUAGAGUUAAGUGGCUGCAUUGAAAACUGAGCAUUUAUACUUAAUACAAUUGUAGGCUAUAAACUAGUUAAACAAUUUAUUCUAAAAGAAUUACCAAAAAUGUAAAUGGAUAAACACUUUUAAAUUAAAGGGUGAGAUUCUAAGCCGCGUUCAAAACUGAA